GCCUUCUGUUACUGCGGCGUGGCCGAGUUUGGCGCGGUGCUCGCGACGUGCAGGGACUGGAAGGCGAAUGUGGAUUUCGAGGCAGCGUGGGCUGCGGUGUACGAACACACGCAGUGGGCAGACCCUGGAGACGUCGGGGGCGAGAGCUUGCAGUCGCUAAUCCGGCGCCCGUUUGGUGAGGAUGCGGUUGGUUGGCGCGUGGACGUGCUGGUGGCCGACCAGCAACACAGAUCCGGUCGCGUGAUCGCCUACGAUUCCGCGCUGGAUGCCUACCUCAUCAGAUAUAGCCACGCGGGGCGCGGAAGCGGCGAGGACUCCGAGGAAAUCUGGGAGGCCGAGCGCAUGCGCUGGUCGGUGGCCAUGGCAAGGAACCCCUCCCUCGCAGGGAGGAGCCGGUUCCAUUUCACGUGCCCUCCAGAGGAGUCCUGGGCGUCGAGAGAGAGCCGAGGCAGCGCAAGCAUCCCCCGCUCCCUGCUCUCGGACGACGCCCCGAGCCCUCAGCAUCCGUCCCGCCGAAAAAUGGCGCGGAUGUGUCUGUGGGGGAGCUGGAGGGCGGAGCUGAAGCACAACGUCGAGAGAGUGCCGAGCCGGCUGGUGCAGAGACUCGACGACCACAGCGACGAGGUGCUCUUCGUGGCCUUCUCGCCCUGCGGCACGCGGCUCGCGAGCUGCUCCCGCGACUGCAGCACCAUCGUCUGGGGGCUGUGCGGCGGCAGCGGCGGUGAGCCCCCCCAGUUCCGCCGGGAGGCGACGCUGCGGCACGAGACGUCCGCGAUCCGGGCGGCGUGGUGGCCAGCGGCCACCGGGGGCGCCGAGCCCGCUGCGGGGGCCCUCAGCAGGCAGCCCAGCACCGUGCUCCUGGUCACGACGGAGGGCGCCAGCGACGGCCACGCCGUGCAGGAGUCCACCAUCGAGGUCUGGGAGGUGCCGCCCGAGGGCGCGCCGCCCAAGGGCGCGGAAGACGGCUCGGCCAGGUGCAUCUUCCGAAAGGAGAACCAGCCGUACGACAUCUACGCUGCGAUCGUGGAGUGGCCGCCCCGGCCUUUGCUGCAGCCGGGCCAGGAGCCAAGGCUCUGCUUCCUGGGCGGCCGGGGCAUCUCCUUCCUGGGCUGGCCCAGCGGCCGCUUUGCGCAGUGGCUCGACGUGUGGCCGGGGCCUCUGGGCCCAGGCGGGGAGGGCUGCGCCGAGCCGGGGGCGCCGCCGCUCGCGCGGCUGCAGGUGCAGUGCGGCGUCAACUAUCUGCACGAGGUCGAGGCGGGCCCCGAAGCCCACGGGGCGACGCUCCUGGCGCUGUCGGGGAGCCACCAGCGGGGCAACCUCUGCGACGAGCUGGUGCGGCUGGACCUGAGCCAGGCGCGGCAGGCGCCCCCGCGCGGCGGGGAGUUGCCGGCGGCCAGCGCCGAUGCCCCACUGGAGGUGCCGCGCGAGGUGCGCGCGUGCCCGGAGCGGACGCUGCUCAGCCUGAAGUGGAGCAGGAGUGGCGAUCACGUCCUGCUGAACACCAGGCCCUUCGUCGUCGGCCCCGGCGGCCGCGGCGGAGACGGCGACGCGCGGGCUGCCGCCGAGCCGCGGGGCUUGCAGCGGCCGCCGCCGGACCUGUCCACCUCGGUGGAGCUGCUGGUGCUCGACUCGGUCACGCUGGAGUGCGUCGCGACCUUCAGCGGGCACUUCGCGUUCACGACCAAGGAGAGUCCCUUCAAGAUCUUCCUGGACGACUGGUGGGACCUCGAGUUCCUCGCGAGCGGCGACCUCUAA